AGAUAAACAUACAUCUAACAAUUUCAUCACUUUUAUUCACUCUUUUACAAAGCUAAAAAUGGCAUCCCAGGAUCAGAGACAGAGCUACAGAGCUGGUGAGGCCAAGGGCCAAGCUCAGGAGAAAACUAACCAGGUGAUGGGCACAGUGGGGAACAAGGCACAAGAAGAACGGAACAAGGCCUAUGACACAACCCAAGCAACAAGGGACAAGACAUACGAGACAGCCCAGUCAGCCAAGGGCAGAAAACAGGCCCCUAUGAACCAGGUGAAAGACAAGACCGCCGAGAAGGCGGAGCAAGCAAAAGAGAAGGCCUGGGAGACCAAGGAGACGGCCCAGCAGAAAGCAGAAGAGGCAGCCCAGAAGACCAAAGAGACCGCCCAGUACGGCAAAGAGAAAGCCUCAGGGAUCAUGCAGCAGACUGGAGAGCAGAUGAAGCACAUGGCACAAGGUGCUGCAGAUGCUGUGAAAGGCACUUUUGGGUUGGGCAAGAAUGAUGAUAAGGAAGAGGAAACUGGUGUUUAUUAUAACAAGGACUCCACCACCGGCACUACCGGUGGCACCACCAAAAGAUCUUAUUAGUUUAAAGUAUUUUAAACUUUGUCGUCUAUUUAUAUUUAGUGUCUGUUUUAUUAAUUUCAGGUGUUGGUUUGUUGUUUUGGUUCAAUAAGUUUAUGUUGGCAUGUUUUAGAAGUCCUGUGGCUUCCCCAUCUAACUGAGUUGGGCGAAUAAUAUUCAAGCUACCUUGUAUUUGGUGUUUUCGGUCGUCUGGUUUGGAGGAGGAUAUGUAAUUUCCAGUCGUAAUGAAAAACGAUAUAAUACUGUUCGUGUUUAUUG